AUGGCCGCUAGCUGUCAGACAUGGAGACCGGACCGUGGACGAGGCUUCAAAACCUACGGGAUUGUUACUGUUCUGUUGAUGGACCUUGUUUUACAGUGUGUUCACGGCUAUCUGAGCUCCCCUCAUAUUGGUCAGGAUCCCCACUACACGAGAGAUGCCCAGCAUGGACCUGUCAUCACUAGCCCAGUGGUCCCUGCAGCAGCUUCAGUGUCGCCUGCAGAUGAGGAGAGCUACACUUCCAAGUGUCCCAGUGGGGGUUUGUGUAGUCGUCUGCCCGCUGAUUGCAUUCAGUGCAAUUACCACCACAACUGUACCUACAGGAAACCUGCUACCUUCACCUGUAAAACAAAAAAAGGAGUUCACUGUUUAGAUGAGUCAGGGCAGCAGCAAACCAACUUCUCUCUCACCAUCAGCUGUCAGUUUUGCUGGCAGCUGGAUGAGUCCCAGUACCGCUGCUCUAACUCUACAAACUGUAUGACAGUGUCCUGCCCACGGAAGCGCUACAACGCCACCUGUGACGUGUUGGACCAUGUACAUUGUUUAGGCAAAAGGCGUUUUCAGAAACGUUUAUUUUGUAACUGGACAGGUGGAUACAAAUGGUCAACAGCUCUAGCGCUCAGCAUCACCCUUGGAGGGUUUGGGGCAGAUCGCUUUUAUCUGGGCCAGUGGAGAGAAGGUCUGGGCAAACUGUUCAGCUUUGGAGGUCUGGGCAUUUGGACCCUUAUAGAUGUUCUCUUAAUCGGGGUUGGCUAUGUGGGACCUGCUGACGGCUCGCUCUAUAUCUGAAGUAAAAUUAGGAUACACAAGUGGAUGGUUUGAGCCCUCCUCUGCUUCUCACCACCUCACAAAACUAAAGAUCUGAGAUGCUGUGUCCUUAGCACGUCUGCCUGCCCAAGCUUGCUGUGCAACACAUCCUCAUCCCAUCUGCUAACAUGCAGGAAGUGUUUCCCUCAUUUCACCAACACUGACUCUACCCACACAAUCAGCAGAUCAAUCCUAAUCAGUCUGUGCCCGUUUCCUGCGGAUGGAGCUGUGCAGGGGGACGAGAAACCAGUAAUUACCUCCUUCUUGUCAGUUUGACAAAAGUGCAGGUUGGACUGUGUCAUGCUGAUGUAUAGAUAGGUUUGGUUUCCUGGGGAGCGGCGUUUUCACAGAUAUCCUGUCACCCAGAGGCUUCGUGAUGCUCCUCCCUUAUUGCAAAGUAAAUGCAUCAGUGGGGGGUACCCAAUAGUAACCAUGACAACAGAGCUUUUAAUGGUGAUAAUAUACACAAUAGACCUGCUGAAAGGUUAUCAAUGUCCUGGGGAAAAGCAUGAAUAUGCAGAAGGGAAUGUGUUCAGCUGUUAUUGACAGCUGAUGUGUUCCUGUUCAUAAAUUCUGAAGUUAAUAUAAAUGUUGAAUUUUUUAAAAUCCUAAAUGAGUCAACAGUGAUGUCCUCAACUGUUAGUUUUUGCCUUAUAAAGGUUAGAUGAUUUAUGUUGCUUUCCAAAAGCUUAAAAAUGUAAGAAAAAUGCAAGUUCAGUUAUGAAGUCCAUAUUUUGUGUUGAUAAACACACGAGUUUCCUUAUUUUAUUUACAUUAGCCCUGUUAGAUAAAAAGGAGAAAAGAAGGGUAAAUGUUUAUUUCUGUCAUUAGGUUCUGCAGUAAGGUUUCUAAUUAGAGUUAAUGAAGCAAUCGCAAUUAAUUGAGGUUCAUAUUCAGUGCAUUACAUUUUUUGAAUUGCAGUUAUUGCAUUGUUUGUCUCUUUCAGCACACUUUGGUUAAGUGCAACACCUCCCCACAGCCACAGUGAUGUUUAAGUCCACCACUGCUCCUUAAAGUCUCAUUUCACUAAGAAAACUCAAAGACAGAUCAGUGGACAAGUCAGAAGUCAUCUGCACCUUGUGAUAUCCAGAACUUACCUUUUUACCAUUCCUUUAUUUUCUUUAAGAUCCAUAACAAGUUCAUUUUUCUGUGGCUGAGUUCCUGUCAUGAUCUUCACUGUACCUGAAGUUUCUUAUUUUCCUUAAAUAUAAAAGUAGUUCUGUAUCCAAACAGGAAGUCAUUACCCUUCAUUUAAAGUCCCUGUAACGUGAAAUCAUAACUUUGUGUCUUAACUCACUAAAUAUGUUGGAAAAUGGUUCCUGUAAACAUGUGGAAAUACCGAGAUCUACAUUUAACUAAAUUUUUUAUUUAGACCCCAAGAAAGUUGUUCACCUCUUUUCUGGCUUGGUUUUAUUCGAGUAGGGCAAAAAUAGGAGCACAUGACAUCUUGAUCAGGAAUUAACAUGCCCCCCUAACGCUACAAUAUGAAAUCACAAAGCAGUUCAUCUCAGUACAGUCUGUUAAGUUAUGUCACAGCCUUAAUUGAAAGUUAACAGCCAGUUACAUCCUGUGUUUUUGUUCAUUGAGAGGUAAAUUUUUCAAAUCUAUCAGCUACAGUGGCCUACGGGUCAUUAAAAGUAUCAUAACAGAGAGAUUUGUGCCAGAAAA